GAGUAUUUGAAGAACGGGAAUAUUUCAUUUGAAAUUCAUUUCCAAAUUAAUUCCUGUGCUUCAAAUACUCAAUAACACCCGGAAAUUGGCCAACACAUGAUGUUAAUCUCCUAAAAAGAACCUUAUCAGCAGUGUGACAAAACAUUUACACACACUCCUGUGCAGGCCCAUCUGAGGAAUCACAGUGCGCCACAUAUGUGUCAGAACUGUGGGAAUGUUUCUGCUCUUAUAUGACAUGAAAAAGCACAUGUCACAGUAGAGUGAUGCCUUUUCAGUGUGGUGAUGUGGGAACAAAUGUACAGACUCAUCUGCCCUUCAUAGACACAUGAAGAAUCACAGUGACGCCAAGCCUGACAUGGAAUCAAGCCCUAAAAUGUCCUGAAUAUAGGAAAGAAUUAUUAUAAUCACACCUUAAGUCACACACUUAAGGAAUACUUGCUGUGAAAGCAUAUCUAGAAACAGGAUCUGUAGAAUCUCUCCAGUUACUAACACAGAUUUUUGAUGAAGUGCUUGUGAUAAAAAACAUUACACCAACAUCUAUCAGGCUGAAACAAAAGGAAUCAGGCCUCUAGUAUUAUGUGUUGUGUUAACUUUAUUGGUUUAAUAACAAACCUGGUCAGAUCCUAGCACAAAAAAGGAUGUUACAUGUUACAAUAAUGUUGCAUCCCCUAGGUAUGUAUUUAUGUGCAGAGAUUAUGACUAAAGUGUGUAUUUUCUUGUAAACUUAUCCAGAAAUGGGAACUGAAUAUUGCUAAAAGCGGCGUAAAACCAAACUCACUCAGUCAGUCAGCCAGUAUGAUUCCAAACCGAGGGUCAUUAUUCCUUUUGUUCAUUUGCAUAUUUUGAGUGUUUCAUUGGAGUGUUUCAACUGUGACACAGACUGUGAUAUCAUUCCCUCUGAUCACAGUGUAUCAUAAAUCAACCCAAAGUCAUUAUUGCUAGUAUUUUUAUAAAACAUCAAUGUUAAAGUCAAAGUAAACACUUUUUUUCAAGUAAGUAAUGAUGCUACUUCAGUGUGACGUGUUCACUUUCUAAAAGGAAAGUUGACUAUAUCAUGAGCAUUUGUUUUAUGAAAAUCUAUGAAAUGGUGAUUAUAACAAGUUUUCGACAAAAGGUGAGUACAGUCAGACCCUGGAUACCCGGACCCCAAGUAUCCGGAAACUUCGCCUUCCAGUCAGUUUUCAUAAAUAAACAAUCUCGUACGUUAUAACAGUGACUGUAACAGAUAUGCGGUUUCCGUUCCCGGCUAGUAAAUUUUACAAACCAACUGGCUAAAUCAACACAGAAUUGACUCACUUAUCCACAUGAAGCUUUGACCUUCCGCUGACCGUGUGAAGUGAAGCGUGAGUGUUCCACGUGUCUUGACAUGAGACAAGGUCUGCUAAUCCGGAUUAAUGACCGAUCAACUUGGUUUUGGUGGUGAUUAGUAGGCCUCUCUGACACAGAGUGAAUUGUAAUUGGCAAAUCAAAACGACCAUGCUGUUUUGGAAAUGAUUUUAAAGCAGACGUGUAUGCUCGCUACCGUUUCAACACCUAAGCCUGGAUGACAGAAAUCCAGAUAUUUGGAUAUUCAGUUAUCCAGCAGAUUUACGCAAAAAAGAAUGUGUCUGGAUAUCAAGGGUGUCACUGUAUAUCUUUUUCCACUGAUGGCAGCCAUCACAGACGUAUACAAAGACAAGUCCAUUGAUCACCUGAACUAGCACGGGAACUUAGGGUGCAGGUCAGAACAAGGAUUAGCAGUAGACAUCAUUUUUGUCACUGAGGGGGGCAAAUUUGGAAAUGUUCUAACUGGACCAGUGUUUCUAUUAUAUCUCACUAUGGCUUGUCGUGAUCCACAAACCAUCUUUAUCAUUGUGAAGAGCAUAACAUCCACAAUCUGAUGAUGGACGUGCAAGUUCAACAGCAGAAUCAUGGCUCUGUUACUGAAACACAUGUGAGAGACUGUGAGAGAGCAUUGCUAGAAACAAGUGAUGUCAAAAAAGAGCCUGUUACUGACUCAGGUGGAAACAUUGACAGUGAGAGAGAAUUGCUGGACAUAGGGGAAUUGCUGAAAGGGGACCUGAAACAAGAACCUGUUACUGAUACAGGUGCAAACACUGACUGUGAGAGAGAAUUGCUGGAAAUAGAUGACCUGAAACAAGAACCUGUUACUGAUAUAGGAGCAAACACUGACUGUGAGAGAGAAUUACUUGAAACAAGUGAUGUUAAAAAAGAGCCUGUUACUGACUCAGGUGGUCUCAAGAAACAUUCUGUUUCUGACACAGGUGGAAACACUGAUUGUGAGAGAGAAUUGCUGGACAUAGGGUACCUGAAACAAGAACCUGUUACUGACUCAGGUGGUCUCAAGAAACAUUCUGUUACUGAUGUAGGUGGAAACAUUGACUGUGAGAGAACACUGAUGCUGGUAACAGAUGAUGCUGAGAAAAGAAAAGCCUGUGAGGUUCCAUCAAGGAAUCGCCAUAAGUGUGGUGAAUAUGGGAAAGCGUUUCGACGUUCAUGUGACCUGAACACUCAUUUGAGGAUUCACACUGGAGAGAAGCCUUAUAAAUGUACUAAAUGUGGGAAAACUUUUACACAACCAUGUCACUUGAAGUCACACAUAACCAGUGACAGUACAAUCAAGCCUUAUGAAUGCAGUGUGUGUGAUAAAAGGUAUAAACUUCCGGGUGAUCUCCGGACACACAUGAGGGUUCACAGUGGAAUCAAGCCCUAUCAGUGUGGUGAGUGUGAGAACACGUUUACAAAUGCAACUGCCCUUCGCAUUCAUUUAAGGAUUCACAGUGGAAUAAAGCCUUAUGAGUGCACUGAAUGUGGGAAACAGUUCACACAAUCAUAUAACCUGACAAGACACAUGUUAACUCACAGUGGAAUCAAGCCAUAUCAGUGUGGUGAGUGUGAGAAAACGUUUACAAGUUCAACUGCACUACACGUUCAUUCAAGGAUUCACAGUGGAAUCAAGCCUUAUGAGUGCGCUGAAUGUGGGAAACAAUUCUCUCAGUCAAGUACCCUGACGAGACACAUGUUGACACAUACGGGAAUGAAGCCUUAUGAGUGUGGUGAGUGUGAGAAAACAUUUCUACUAAAGGAUGCACUGCAGGCUCAUUUAAAUACUCACAGUAAAAUCAAGCAUUUCAAGUGUGGGGAAUGUGGGAAAGAGUUAAAGCAGUUAUCUACCUUGCAGAAACACAUGAAGAUUCACAAUAGAAGGGUCACAGUGGAGGUUCCAUUAAGGCAUCGUCAUAAGUGUGGUGAAUGUGGGAAAACGUUUCCUCGUUCAUUUAACCUGAAAAGUCAUUUGAGGAUUCACACUGGAGAGAAGCCUUAUAAAUGUACUAAAUGUGGGAAAAAGUUUACACAACCAUGUCAUUUGAAGUCACACAUAACAAGUCACAGUGCAGUGAAGCCUUAUGAAUGCACUGUGUGUGAUAAAAGGUAUAAACUUCUAUGUCAUCUCCAGACACACAUGAGGGUUCACACUGGAAUCAAACCUUUUCAGUGUGGUGAGUGUAAGAAAAGAUUUAUGUAUUCAAGUAACCUGCUCGUUCAUUCAAGGAUUCACAGUGAAAUCAAGCCUUAUAAGUGCUCUGAAUGUGGAAAACAAUUCACACAAUCAAGUAACCUGACGAGACACAUAUUGAUUCACAGUGGAAUCAAGCCUUAUGAGUGCACUGAAUGUGGGAAACAGUUCACAAAAUCAUAUAACCUGACGAGACACAUGUUGACUCACAGCAGGAAAUAGUAGUCAUAGUAGAAAGGUUACAGUGGAGUGAGGCCUUUUCUGUGUGGCGAAGGUGAGAAACAAUUUACACUCUCGUCGAAUUUGCUGAGACACAUGAGGUGCCACUGUGGAAUCAAGCCAUAUCAGUAUGCUGAAUGUGGGAAAGAGUUUACACAAUCAAGUAAACUGACAUUAGGAGUCAAAGUAGAAUCCUACCUUAUCAGGUUAGUGAGUGCGAGGAAACAUUAACACUCAUGUGUCCUACAGGCCCAUCUGAGUCUAACCACAUGUGUCAGG